AUGGAUGAAGACCUUCGGCAAGAACAAGAAGGAUGGCAAACUGCCACCUCUGGCACUAAGAGAAACAGAAAUAACAAUAAUAAUGAACGUCAAUUUCAACAAGAAAGAACUUUUAUAAAUGAAAAUUAUCAGGGCCGUCCACAACAGCAACGUCAAUCUCAAACACGCCCAACUUCACAACCUCACCCUCAACAGCAAAACUCUUCCUCUGUCCGUCCUCCACAGCAAUUAGAAACGAAUGAACUUCGAGUCAAUGUCACUAACGCAGCUCUAAAUUAUGCAAGGGACUAUCAUUAUCCACCUUUUAAACUGGAAUGUCAACAAAAACUCACUGACAAAAAAAUAGGACUGAAGAUGAUUAAAGAGCUGACACUUUACAUUCAAAAAGAUUAUAAAGCACAAAAUCCAGGUUCCAGUGAAAUUUUGUUUGAAUCAUGGUGGAUAGAUUCGGCAGGAGAUUUGCAAUUUAUCACUAAAUCCUCAUCUCUCUUCGUUUUUCUCUGUGACAAAAAGAACUAUCCUGACAAAGUAAACACUCAAUCUGUUAGGGGCAAGUUACAACGUGGAUGAAUUUUUGGCUGCACCAAAAAUUUUACUUUGUGGAAGAUGUAAUCAAGGAGGACACAUCAAAAAAUUUUGUCAACAAUCAAAAUUCGACAUUUGUAGA